GCUAGAAUCCAUAAUCAUUACCUUUAAUACCAUGUUUCAUAAGCAGGCCCAUUGAAGUCAGAGGGAGUAUUCACAAAGUAAGGUGGUACUAUGUAAGGAUGUCAUAUUCGGACACCAAUUUUAAAAUAAUACACUUUAGAGUGCUAAGUAAUGCUGUCUGUCCUAUAUCUCUCACAGCACAUGCAGCUGCUUUUAUAGCAGAAGAUAUCUAAGAUUGUAAUUAUUGCACGUAAUGCAUUUAGUAAUGUUAAUAAUAUAUGCAUAAAUGGGACUGUAGUGCUGAGUUCUGGAUGCCUAAUCGAAAGAAUCACUUGCCACAGAAAGAGAUCGUGUGAUGCUGGUUUUCUGCCUGUAAUUCUGGCUCACAUCUACAUAUUCAUACAGCCUACUCCCCCUCUCUUUCCUACCCUCCCCGCUGCACACAGGGCAAGAGAUAACAAGCAUUCCUAGUCAGAAUACAGGCUACUGACAGCAUUUGGUAGCAUAUAAGGGUGUUUGUCUGGGGUUCAGUUAUACAGGAAGUCUGAAUUUAGUACUACAGGGUAUCAUGUUAAAUCUAUGCACUGAAGUUAUUCCGUAUAGUCCAGGUACUUUGGUGAUUCUUUUCCUCUUUCUUUUUGCCCAAGUUUGUCCACUACCUCCGAUGGUGACUCAUGGAGAUUAUAUAUGCCAUCCACGGCCUUGUGAACGUUACAACCAUGGAACUGUGGUCGAGUUCUAUUGUGAUCCUGGUUACAGUCUCACCAAUGAUUACAAAUACAUCACCUGCCAGUCUGGAGAAUGGUUUCCCUCAUAUCAAGUAUACUGUGUCAAAACAGAGCAAACAUGGCCAAAUACACAGGAAACCCUCUUGACUACAUGGAAAAUAGUUGCAUUUACUGCUACCAGUGUUUUAUUAGUGCUUCUGUUGGUUAUUCUAGCCAGGAUGUUCCAGACCAAAUUUAAGGCACAUUUCCUUCCAAGAGGUGUCCAGGAGAGUUCCACCAGUGACCCUGACUUCGUGGUAGUGAACGGUGUUCCUGUCAUGUUACCUUCCUAUGAUGAAGCUGUGAGCAGUGGUUUGGACAGCUUGGCCCCAGGGUACUACUCGUCUUCUUCAGGGCAGGGGCAUGUUUUGCAGACGGAAGAUCAGAACCCUCCUGCUUAUCCAGGCACAGCAGAUACACACACAUUGCCUAGUGAAUUUGAGACCUGUGACAGCAUAUCAGGCUCCUCUGAACUUCUCCAAAGUUUAUAUUCAUCUUCUGUGUGCCAAAUGGGAGUGCACCCUGUUUCAGAUAGAACUGAUGUGAUCAAUAGUGCCACCAGGGAGGCUGCAUCCUCAAGUCCAAGUAUCGAUAUUGCAGAUGGUAAGUUUUACUUUGAUAUGAUAGUAGGAUGCGUGUUGAAGGCAGUUGUCCAGAAAUACACAAGCCAUAUGUUGUGCUUCAAGGCAAGGCCCCAUAGCCAACCUUGUUUUCUGUGUCUGUUUACAUUCACUUCAUUUAUACGUUUUUUUAAAACAAAUUCUUCACUGUUCUUUGUUGGUCUAAUAAAAGAUAUCAAAUUCACCCAAGGAACCUUGUCUGUCACUGUUCUUUGGGCUUUUUAUAGACUCCUAGCUAGGCUUGAUUCUCCAGCAGUGGGAUGGAGACAAAUCCUUCUCCCCAUAGCACACAGUGGUAGCUGUGUCACUUCAAGGAGAGCAGUGACAGACGGAUGUGAACACCAGUGGAUACGCCUGUGAUGUCUCCUCUUUUCCCCCUGCAUUACUGAUCUGCCCAGCUUGGUUCCAUGAAGUCCCUUUCAUGAGUGCCUUAAGUCCUUCCCAUCUGACUCCUUUACAGGCUGAAGCACACUCAGCUAUUAUGAGUGAUUGUACAUUAACAAAUUGGUCCCGUCUGUAUGUAUAGCACAUAAACUCUUGAGCAUCUAAUGCAAUUUUUCCCUCUUCUUUUGUCUCGACAAAUCCCUACUACAAAUAUUAGGGAGCCCAGACUAAUUGUUCACUCCAGCAAUUGGGUACAUA